AUGUUCCCUAAUCGUGUACAACUUCAAUCAACAAAUGAAGCUGAAAAAUAUUUAAUUGAUAUGAUUGAAAAUGGACAAAUAUUUGCAUCAAUUAAUAAAAAAGAUGGUAUGGUUAUAUUUCAUGGUUCACCAGAAAAAUUUGAUGCUAAUAAUAUGUUAUCAAAAUUACAAGAUGAAACAGAAAAACGUAUGUUAGCUGAAAAACAAUUAAGAGAAUUAGAACGACAAAUAUCAUUAAGUAAAACAUAUAUUCAACGUACACAACAAUCAAGUCCUUAUCAUGAUCGUCCCAAAGUACUUAGUUAA